AGGGAUAACAAUAAACAAACCUCAUCAACUUUGUCUCUUAAGAAUACCAACAUGGGAAGUUUGAUUGGUCAUGUUUUACCUGGCCUUGGUUUCUUCCUCAUUGGGAUAUGGCAAUUGAUAAACCAUGUCAAGCUCCAUGCCCGCAACCCGAACUCAUAUUCCGCGGUUCCAUUCUUCCCGAUCAAGAAAUCAAGGUACGGUGAACUCUACUUCAUGAUGCUAGGUAGCACGAUGUCCAUUCUCAUGGAACUCUUCGUCGGUCCUGUGAAACACCAACCGUUCGAUACGGAUGGGACAAUCCCAACCACUCAUCUCCACAACUUCGAGCACGCUUCCAUCUCCUUGACCAUAUUCACUUACGCAGCUUUCGCAGUGAUCUUGGAUCGUAUCGGACGUCCCAGUUCCAAAUACGCCAUGACUCUCGCGUUGGGAGUCGUGGCCUUUUGGACCGAGUACAUCCUCUUUCACCUCCACUCGACAGAUCACAUGGGGUUGGAGGGUCAUUAUCAUUGGUUCCUUCAGAUUCUCAUUCUCGUUUCGUUGGUUACAACUAUCCUUGGUAUUCCAUACCGUAAGAGUUUCUUAAUCAGCUUUGUUAGGUCUUUUAGCAUAGCUUUUCAGGGAGUAUGGUACAAUGUCAUGGGAAUCAUGCUUUGGACAAAGGCGUUAAUGCCCAAAGGAUGUUUCAUGCAUUUGGAGGAAGCCCAUUAUGUGGUGAGGUGUAGUACGAAUGAAGCACUCGAAAGGGCUAAAGCAUUAACCACACUUGAGUUUUGUUGGUACUUGAUUGUUUGUGUUGUCCUUAUUAUGUGUUUGUACUUGUACAUUAUCAAAGUCUAUCCCGAGAAAAAUGGGUACGAGGCGAUGGCAAACUUCGACGAUCUUGAGGAGAAAGAAGGCGACCACGAUGUUGAGACUCCAAAGCUUAGUAUAACAAAUUAAUGUGGAUUCGUUAAGGAAUUGAAGGAGUAAUUGUGAGUUAUAUAUAAUUAUUCUCUUUUAAGAACUAAGCCCACAUUAUGAAUCUGACCUAGUUUAUGUGGGUUUGUGUCUUAUAUAUAUUAUUGAUUUGUCAGUUUGAUGCAUUGUAACUUUCUAUUGUACUAUGUUUGUCAAUAUAUAUAUAAGUCAUGAUGUUUUAACCUUA